UCUUGCUGCUGCCAGUCCAGAGUGUGUCAUGGGUCCCUGUACGGCCUCCCAUUGCUGCUGUCUCCAUCGCCACACUCUGCCAUGUGCCACUUCCAGGUCUCCUCACACUGCUGGUGGGUUCCAUUUUGUCAUAGGGUGCUGGCAGAUUACGGGCUCCCAUUGCUGCUGCCAGGCCCGUAAUCUGCCAUGGGCCCCUGUACCGCCUCCUCAUGCUGCUGCCAGGUCCAGAGUGUGUCAUGGGUCCCUGUACGGCCUCCCAUUGCUGCUGUCUCCAUCGCCACACUCUGCCAUGUGCCACUUUCAGGUCUCCUCACACUGCUGGUGGGUUCCAUUUUGU